AUGUACGGCGAGGACGACGACUCGGGGGCCGAGGACAUGAGGCCGCUGAGCUUCAUCGCGUCUAAGCCGGAACAGCCGGCCGAGGAGCGUCUGCGGCUGAUGCGCACCACAUCAGAUCAAACGAGCACCUCCAUUCACGGCAUGGCCCACGUAAACGGCAUCAAUGGCGGUAGCGGUCUCAAAAAAGCCCAAACGUUUCCUUUAGAGCCAGCCAAGUCUCCCCUUCCCCCACCGUCGCCGACAACUUCGCUUCGAGAAACCCAGGCAUCCGCCUCAGCCUCACAAUUUCCCUUAACAAACAUCGAUAAUGCAAACGACAUAGCCCAGGAAUUGAGCAAUCUACAAGCUUUACGGCGGAUGUCGAUGGAUGUCGGCAACACUACCGACCCGGACCUUCUUCCUUUUUCAGGCGUGUCACUGAUGGCGAUUCCCUCAAUUGCACCAAAAGGCGACGACGACGAGGCCGACCCUUCGCGAUUGCUAUGGGUGCCUGCCAGGGUACAUCCAGAGCUUGAACCCACUGCCUUCAAAAAUUUUCUCGAGAACCGAGUGCAGACGAUGAAGCGGCGGUCUGGAGAGUCGUUUCUCUCGGUAGACGGGCUACAGCGGAAUAAUUCAGGUAGUUUGAGGAGAAAAAAGUCAAUGCUUUCACGUCAGGUCAAUACCAGCAGCGACGGCGUGGAUGAAUAUGUUGACGGCGCUGAGAAGCUGGGUCGGCAACGGUCUCUAACUGACCACGCAACCCCGGAGCUUAGCCUCGACGAGCUAGUCAACGACCCUACAAAAGCUGUGCAAAAACUGGCACAAGAAACGACUGGGGAGGGUGACAGUCCGAUUCUCCCGGUGGCCCCGGGCAUGGGUCUCCGGCGUUCGACCAAAACGACUUAUAGAAAAGGUGGCAGUCAGCGCUAUGGUGAACGUGUACCCUUCUCCAAGCGUGUCACGGGCAGGCAGACCGAGAAGGAAAAUACCGAGGAGGUUCCCCCAGUGCCGACAUUGGAUGCAUCAAUUGCGAAGCCCUUGAUGAGGGUCAACUCGGAGCCGAUAACGGAGAACUACUCGCGCCCUACUCGGACGGUAAGACGGCAGCAAAACUUCUCAAGAGAGACUCUUUCUUUGGGAAUGGAUGAGCAAGCCCAAGAUGGCAGCGGCGAUAAUAUUACAUCCUCCUCUCCGUCACCGCAGUCACUUCCCGUCAGGUCCUCGUCCACAUCGGCAGCACAUGGCCCCGCCUCACCAAUUCCCCAGAUAGUUGAAACGCCGCCUGCCGAGGAAAGCCCACAAGCAGCCCGAGCAUUCCCCGAGAGAUCAUCCUCACAAAAGACGUCACAGCAGGCGUUAACUGAGCAACCUCCUGUGGAUGGUCCCCCAGCACGCUCAGCCAAGCGCCCAGGUCCAGGAAAACUGGUUCAGCCGCCAGCAUCUGCGCCCAAGGCUAGCCUCAAGGAACGUGGCACACCGAACGAAAACGCCCUCAAGGAGAUCAGCCACCCAACCGCGCUGCCUGGAAGCGGUGGCACCACUACUAGCAGUCUAACCAUCAUUCCUACGUUUGACACGAUCGAAAGGAAGUUCGAUAAAAGAGGGAAGGAGAAGGAUGACAGCGACAGCAUCUCGUCUCCGAAGUCAACUUCAAGUUGGAAAUGGUUCAAGAGCGAUGACAAGGAUAAGAAGAAAAAGGAGAAGGAAAAAGAGAAGGAAAGAGAGGAGCAAGCCAGGAAGGCAAAGGGGAAGACGGGCGACAAGAGUCACGACAAUGCGCGGCUGGAUGUCCUCCAGAGCUCCAUCGACAACGUGCCCAAAGGCCGCGAGAGCCUGCGCUUGGACCGUGACAGUAUCGAGGUACCCCAUGAGGAGCGAAAGAAGGAAACGAAUCGGAAGUCAAGCGAUAGCAAGAAGGAGAGGGAGGGGUUCUUUGGCGGCUUGUUUGGGGGAUCCAAGAAGAAGAGUGAUAAGGAGUCGAGUCACAAGAAGAAGGAACACCGGGCUCUCAGUCCCGAACCGCCACCGCGGCAGCUGCGCCCGGAUAUUGACUACCCCUGGACGAGGUUUCAAAUCAUAGAGGAACGGGCCAUCUACCGCAUGGCGCACAUCAAGCUCGCCAACCCCCGCCGCUCACUACACAGCCAGGUACUUCUCAGCAACUUCAUGUACUCGUACCUUGCCAAGGUCCAGGCUAUGCACCCCGGGCUGCAGGUGCCUGCUUCGCCGCAGCAGAAGAGGCAGGAGGAGGAGCGGAAACGACGGGAAGCUGAGCAAGCACAGCUGCAAAUGGAGCAAAUGGCCCCGCAGGCUGCCCAAGAUGGGAGCUUUGAUUUUGAGUACCAUCGAUCCGGCAACCAAUAUGGCGAUGCUCCAAUUCAGCACGACGGCAGUGUUCAGUACAUAGACGACGCCCAGAUCUUCGAGUACGAGCAUGGCGGCGACCCGCAGCAGCACCACGGCGAGAACGGCGGUUACCAUGCUCAGGAUGGUUAUCCCCCAGAGCAGCAUGUUCCAAUCCAGGGACAGGGGCCCGGGCAGAAGCACGCCCGGCAAGGCAGUGUUGGCGCUGGCCAGGGCAAACCCCAGCAGCAGCAGCAGCAGCAGCAGCAGCAGCAGGCGGGCUACUACUACGGCCGCGGCGACACCAAGCAGUUUGACGAUGACGACGAGAACAGCGACAUGUGGUAG